GUCCAAUCUGUGUAAUAUGGAUUUACUAUUUCAGCUUCACAACCUUCAAUUUCAACUUGUAAUGUCCGAGGAGGUGAUGGAGUUUCACCACUAAUGAAGCCAAAAGGCUCUUGGCUUCGAAGAAAUCUGUGGAACUGUGCUUGCCACAAAAGAAAAUUGUCUUCAGCAAGCUUGAUCGUGACGAAGUUGGAGAUGUUAACAUGUAUUGGAAACGGGUAUUUUUGUGUUCUUGCUGCCAUUUUCAUGUCCUCAAGACUUCGAUGAUGAUGAUAAUGGUGAUGCUACGAUUGUAUUCACAAUUACCUGUUGAACUUACAAGAUGGAGUCUUAUGUGUGUCACCGAUGAUGCUCGGAUCUAACAAAGAAGGACUAAGUAAGUGCAAAGCACUUUGAGAUCUUCGAAUCAACAAACACAGUAGAACAGAGAGAUGCGAUUAGCGAAGUUCGGGAGCUACUUCGAUCUGCUGCGACUUCGGCACCUUUGAUUGGAUUUUGCGAGCGAUUGAUUGCUGGACUAGACUAUCUAACAAAGAUGAUUGUUGGCUCUGAUACCAUGUGAAGAUAAACAGAAUGAAAGAAAGAUGAAGAAUGAACAAGAAACUUUUGGAGUCACUUCUCUUUCUGUGUAUUCAAGGCACAAAAUGUUCAUCUCAGAGCAUGCUUCAAUGGCUUGCUCUGUUUUUCUAUAUGUAUUAGAUGAGCUCAAUGAAGAAGAGCAAAAUGGACUAAAGAACGGAAAAACUGACUAAAAACAGAAAGAAAAAACUGUUGUUUCAAUUUGUUAAACAAGCUAAAACUGAAUAACAGUUCUUCAGCAAAGAAUCUUCUCUCUGAGUUGAACACGUGGAGCUUGAAAUUUUCAUCACCGACUUCGUGGCUUUCCCAGUCAAUUGAUUCUGAUCAUUAUGCAAACGCGUGGCUGGCAAUGUCCCUGACUUGCGUGCUUCACUUCCUCUGAUCUUUUCCAUAGCAGCAACACCUUCAUUCUUUUCCUUCAUUGAAGCUGCAAUGGAUUGUGCAGAGUAUGCUUGAUUAGGUUGCGCUCUGAUAUUCUUAACAAGAACAUCAGCAGAAAGUAACAUAACAACCUAUGAAAAAGAGAGAAAAAGUAGGCUCUGUCUGUACACUGAUUUUUCUGGAUAAGGCAUCGAUCCAUAUGAUAUUGUCGUGUCACUAGAACAAAUGUAAUCCUGAAGCAGCAAGCCACCAUGGAAGCUCUCCUCUUUACCUCAAAACCACCAUCGCUCUCCACGAAACACUCCGCGUCGAAUUCGCAACCAUAUCUCCAUCUACGCACUCCUCCCCAAUCUCUCCAAACCGCCGCCACCCUCCGCUGCUCAUGCCACGGAAGCUCCACGCCAACGCCAAAGGAUUCGCCGGCCAGGUGCCACCCCGGAAAGCCUGUCCCACCGCCGGAAGACCCGACACGACCAAAAGCAACUACGGCCGCGGUGAAGACGACGACGACGACGACCAGAUCCCGCAGGUGGUGUUUGAGAGAAUGAUCGGGCGGAUUCUGGUGUUCGUGGGCGUUCCGAUGGCGGCGGGCAUCGCGCUGCUUUCCGUCAUGGGGGCAAUCAAGGAGCGAGAGCUGCUGGACGUCCCUCGGUGGCUGCCGUUCCUGACGACGUUGGUGUGCUUCGGGGCGUCGGCGCUGGGGAUCGCGUACGGGACGCUGUCGAGCAGCUGGGACCCGGAUAAGUCCGGGUCGGCUCUCGGGUUGGAUGAGGCCCAGAGGAAUUGGGUCGAGAUCUGGAAAGAUAAAGGGCAAGCGUAGGAAGUUGGGAGCCCACUAUUCGCAGUUGCCUUGUCACUUGUCAUGCUAUGGAAAGCAUGUCAAACCACAUGAUUUUGUACGAACUAUAGUGAGAUUAAUUUUUUCCA